AUGGACACUGGUGAUUUUGAUAACACCCCGGCGCCGAGCACUCGGCCAUCACUGGCGGUUCUGCGGCCUGAAGAAGAUGAUACAGGAUUGUCCAUUGCUUCUUCUCACCAAGCCUCGACUUCAUAUCGGCACCAUCUCUUGAAGACAGUCACUGGCGGCUCUUUUGUUGCAGACAGAAACCUGCCUGUCCCGCCAAUUCUCAGCUCGUACUCCCUCCCGAAGAGCGUUCAAGCCAUAAUAGAUGGCCCCAAGCUCGAGAGAGAAAACCAGUCGUUUAGUACAGAGCAGCACAUAAAAGCACCAGCUACUCCGCCGCCCGCGCCAAUUCACGGAAAACACGGAGCCCCUCAGCAGACUCCAAAACCAGAGAGAGAUGUUUCGAGUCCUCCCUUGACUGAGAUGAAGCAGAGAGCUCUAGAGCACAGCAGAAAUCGUUCCCGAAACACGGAGUCCAGCGUCGACAACAGUUCGACGCGAGAUUCUGUGCGUCUGCCAUCCACUGUUGGAAGAGACUCUCCAGUUUCAGACCAAGUGUCCAUUCGAAGCGGCGAGAUUCAUCAGACCCGAGCUGAUGGGAGUACCCCAGUUACCAAAGUGUCCAUUUCCGGCCCUCGGACACAAGGCCAUAAUCCAGUGGUCAAGGUUCGCCCUGCCUUUGAUCAAGUAUCUCUAUUUUCAGAAGCAGACAAAGCACAUGGAGAUGUUCCUCGAUCUGUGGAGAAGGUUGGCCCGUUUGUCCCCGAGCUCAACAAACAUUCAGAGACUUCAAGCACACCUUCCAGCCAAAUUCGCCUGUACCCAACUCAGUCUGAAACCCCACACCAACAGAGUGAGAGAAUCUCAAAGUUUGAUGUUGAGGACAACCCAGAUUUGGGUACCAAGAAGGAUGAAUCGCUUUCAAAAGUUCGACCUUUUGACCACACAGAAUCAAAAAGAUAUAGCUCUCAUAAAAUUGAAAAUGAUGUCAGGCCUGUCGUGGAGUUAAGAGACACAGACGACGACCCCUUGAGGUCAAACACCUAG